AUGUCGUACCAGGAGCGCGAAGCAAAGAAGAGAAAAACUGCCCACAAUGGCGGCAAUUCGCAGCAAUCAUUUCGCCAGCCCGUCAGUCUCGCAGCCUCAGAGGGAAGGGAAUGGACAGUCUCUGUGGCGUUCCCCAGCAGCACAAUUGCGACGUACAAUGCUCCCAGCCUAGCCACGGCCGAACAGCGAAUCGCUGUGCCCAGUCGCAUUGCCCGCGCUCUCGCCAUCUUCUCCAUCGACGAGGUCAUUGUCUUUGAUGACUCUCCGGUCAAGUCUCGUCCGCACAAUACCGACAAAUCUGCAUAUACCGGAGAUACCGACCCGUGCCAUUUCCUGACGCAUGUGCUAUCGUAUCUCGAGGCACCGCCGUUUAUGCGCAAGGCGCUUUUCCCUCUGCAUCCUAACUUGCGAUUGACGUCUUCCCUGCCGGGUCUUGAUACUCCCCAUCAUCCGCAUAUCAAGGAGUCGAUGAUAUAUAGAGAGGGUGUUACGAUUGCGGGCAUGACAAAGUCGAGCGAUGGCACGCUGGUGGACGUUGGCCUCGACAAGCCCGUCGAAAUCAAAGAGGACAUUCCUCCUAAGACCAGAGUCACGCUCAAGAUUUCGGAAGACGAGUCUGAGCCUGCCGAGUGUGUUCACCCCCAUGCGCCUCGCACAGAAGCCGGCUUCUACUGGGGCUACACCGUCCGACAGGCGAAUUCCCUGUCUGCUGUCUUCACCGAGUCGCCAUACGAAGGAGGAUACGAUGUCAGCAUCGGCACAUCCGAGAGAGGAUCUCCCGUGGGUAAGGAGUUUCCGUAUGGCAAGCGUGUGCAGUUUAACCAUGUCCUCAUUGUAUUUGGCGGACCGCGAGGCAUUGAGUAUGCAGCGAUGAAUGACGAGGAGCUUGGCGGAAUGGGCAUCCAGGGCGGAAAGACGAGAGAGCUGUUUGAUCACUGGGUCGACGUGAUGCCGAAUCAAGGAAGCAGGACGAUUCGGACGGAAGAGGCCAUGUAUAUUGCAUUGACGGCAUUGAAGCGCAUAUGGGAUAAUGAGUAA